AUGCGUUUCAAAAGAAAUUCAACACAAAACAGUGAAGAUAAUUCAGCGGCGACUUCGAUCGAAACUUCGAACAGUUUUGGCAAAACACGAACAAAGAGUUGUGCGACUCUUUGCCUUCAAAAUGCAAUCGAUCGGGAGACGUACCCGUUACUGUUGGGGACCAAGAACAACUACAACACACUAAGCUCCAGUACAGAUACAUUAGGUCCAGCCGAAUUAUCAGGAAAAGAAAUCAUGGCGACUUAUCAGAAGACUUUAGAGAGAAGUAUGAAGUGUGAUAAAAAUAAACAGAGUUCUCUUGUUACCAUUUUCUCAAUAUGGAGUACUAUAAUGGGUUCAUCUCUUCUGGCGAUGGCGUGGGGCGUGGAGCGAGCUGGACUCCCGGCCGCCUUGCUCCUACUGACCGUGAUGGCUGGACUGUGUCUCUACACCGCGUAUAUAUUAAUAAGAGUCAACGCACAGCACGGUAGUUCGACAUGUGAAGUUCCCGCCUUGUGUCUGUUACUGCUGGGUCGCUGGUGGUCAAGAAUCGCUCACGCCUUCAGUCUUUUAGUCCUAUUAGGAGCGACCCUCGUCUAUUUUCUGUUAAUGGCCAAUUUCUUAUUUUACACCGUCAAUUAUUUCAUGGAUGUUUCAACAUCAAACCAGACGACAUACGGCACAAAUCUGGUGUGUCCAAAGCACGAUGUGUUCAUGACGUCACCACAAGUCCCUCAAGAGUCCUCUCCCUUCUGGGGUCUACACACCACUGUACCUGUUUAUGUCGCGCUUAUAAUGUUUCCAUUGUUGUGCUUCAAAAACGUCACAUUCUUCACUCGCUUUACUUCUUUUGGUACACUAGCAGUGAUCUACCUCCUGCUAUUCGUGAUAGUGAAAGGUUGGAUGUGGGGAAUCAAUUUGAAAUCAAUAGACAUUAAAUGGGAAGGUUUACAUGGAGCGAGGAACGCGGCCGUUCUCAGCGGGAUGCUGGCUCUAUCAUUCUACAUACAUAAUAUUAUCAUUACGAUAAUGAAUAACAACGCUAGACAGGAGAAAAACGGGCGUGAUUUGACGAUAGCGUUUAUGUUGGUGACUAUAACAUACACACUCGUCGGUACAGUCUUCUUCAUAUGUUUUCCGUUGGAGAAGAAUUGUAUUGAGGACAAUAUUCUCAACAAUUUUGAAAAACACGACGUCAUGACUGUGAUUGCUAGAAUACUUCUACUAUUUCAGGUGAUGACAGUGUACCCGCUAGUAGUGUGUCUAGUGCGUGUGGAGGCCGCUCGUCUCCACACUCUCGCCUCGGCCCGCGGCGCCGACCUCGUCAUCAACGGGAGUGUGGUGGUGGCAUGUAUCGUCGUCGCGUGUCUUUGUCCCUACAUAGGGAUUAUCAUACGUUACACGGGAGCCAUCAGCGGUUUGGUCCACGUGUUCGCGUUACCAUCACUACUACACAUGAAGUCACUGCAGUUGAGAGGAAAACUAAACAUAUGGAUAAUCAUAUUUUACGUCGCCAUCAUAAUAUUCGGAACUAUUAACUUAGUGAUGCAGUUCUUUAUAACAUAG